CCGAUUCCAGUUCUGAGCGGGCCGGCCGAGUAUUCGCAUCGUUGCCCUUAGAUUGUGCACCGUCGAUCGGGACGAGCAGGAAAAAGAAAAAAAAAAAAAAAAAAAAAAAGAAAAAAAAGUUGAGAGAAAAGAGGAAAACCAAGGGAGGAGAGAACGUACAGCGGUAGCAGUUCUCGUCGUUCGUGUAGAUCGCGCGUAGUAAUCGAUGAUCGUAACUAACGCGUUGCUAGAACCACCAGGAUCGAGAGAACCCCGUUAGCUCUUGAUCGUCGAGUAUCACUUUUGCCGGGCUCCUCCCCCCGUCGAAUCGAAGUGUUACAGCCUAUUUUUUUUUUUCCGGCUUCAAACUCUGAGAGAGAAAGAAAGAGAGAGAGAGAGAGAGAGGACUCUGAGAUGGCGCCUGUUCGACCUAAUCGAGCUGUUGCGUGAAGAGAUCAAGAGUGUGCUGUGCAGUGCAUAGUCUCCGAUUCUGUCCCCCCUCCACCCCCUCCUACCGGAGGAAGUUCCGCUAACAUCGGCUAACUAUUCGUAUCCUUUCGCGCGUAUCCUUACCGUUUACCCGUUCGUAUCUCGCUUAGCUAACCGGAAAUUCGCAAGGAGGAAGAGACGGUGGCCACGGAAUCGUUAAGUGUCGUGAGACCGAUAAUUGACCGCAGUUAGAAACACUGUUAUGUCUCCGUGGUAGUUCCGCGAGCCAGUGCAGGAAUACGCGCGCGCGCGCGCGAAAGAGAGGAAGAAAGAGAGAGAGAGAGAGAGAGAGAGGUCAUCGAAAAACGAGAGGGCAGAGUUUUUCACCGGUGAACAGAAUACACAUCGUACAAAAUGACGGAAGCAUCGAGGGAACCGGAACUCGCCGAUCCCGAAAGCCCUGACAAAACCGCGUUGAAUUUAACGUCCACGUCUAACAAAGGAAAGCCACUACCAGAACGUGGUACAUGGAGCACCAAGCUAGAUUUCAUUUUGAGUGUGGUUGGCCUGGCUAUUGGUCUGGGGAACGUCUGGAGAUUUCCGUAUCUCUGUUACAAGAACGGCGGCGGGGCAUUUUUAAUCCCAUACUUCUUGACGCUGUUUCUCGCUGGGAUUCCAAUGUUUUUCAUGGAGCUAGCCCUCGGUCAAAUGCUCACCGUUGGCGGCCUCGGUGUCUUUAAAAUAGCGCCGCUUUUCAAGGGUAUCGGAUACGCCGCCGCUGUCAUGUCCUGUUGGAUGAACGUUUAUUACAUUGUCAUUCUCGCCUGGGCCAUCUUCUACUUCUUUAUGUCGAUGCGCAGCGAAUUGCCGUGGGGAAGCUGUAAUAAUUAUUGGAACACGAAGAACUGCGUGAAUCCCUACGACAGAGAUUCGCUGUUGUGUUGGAAUCAAGUUACCAAACACCACAAUUACGUUAAAGUAUGUUCCGUCAACGACGUCAAUAUGACAAUCUCGGAGCUCACCGAUCCGGUGAAAGAAUUUUGGGAACGCCGAGCACUUCAGAUCAGCGAAGGCGUGGAGUACGUGGGGAAUAUUCGUUGGGAGCUAGCUGGUACCCUCCUUCUGGUUUGGAUCCUCUGCUACUUUUGCAUUUGGAAAGGUGUCAAGUGGACUGGGAAGGUGGUGUACUUUACAUCGUUGUUCCCUUAUGUUCUGUUAACGAUUCUUCUGAUUCGUGGAAUUACAUUGCCCGGGGCCAUGGAGGGCAUCCGAUUUUAUAUCAGUCCAAAUCUUUCCAAACUGAAAGAAUCCGAGGUAUGGAUAGACGCUGUUACUCAAAUUUUCUUCUCGUACGGGCUAGGCUUGGGCACAUUAGUGGCUCUCGGUAGUUACAACAAAUUCACGAAUAACGUUUACAAAGACGCGUUAAUCGUUUGUUCGGUGAAUUCGUCGACGAGCAUGUUCGCCGGUUUCGUCAUAUUUUCGGUGGUUGGCUUCAUGGCCCACGAGCAGCAAAAGCCUGUCGCAGAGGUCGCCGCUUCUGGUCCAGGAUUGGCUUUCCUGGCUUAUCCCUCUGCGGUUCUUCAGCUUCCUGGUGCGCCCCUUUGGUCUUGUCUCUUCUUCUUUAUGCUCCUUCUCAUAGGUUUAGACUCUCAGUUCUGCACCAUGGAAGGAUUUAUCACUGCUAUGGUGGACGAAUGGCCGCAGUUGCUCCGCCGGCGCAAGGAACUGUUCAUCGCGAUUGUUUGCGUACUUUCCUACAUCAUUGGAUUGUCUUGCAUCUCGCAAGGUGGCAUGUACGUCUUCCAAAUCUUAGAUUCGUACGCGGUGUCCGGAUUCUGUCUUCUCUUCUUAAUUUUCUUCGAGUGCAUCUCGAUAAGCUGGGCUUUCGGCGUCAACCGAUUCUACGACGCUAUAAGAGACAUGAUAGGGUAUUAUCCUCUCAUGUGGUGGAAACUAUGUUGGACUGUCACCACCCCCAUGAUUUGUGUCGGCGUUUUCAUCUUCAAUCUCGUACAAUGGACACCUGUAAAAUAUUUAGACUAUGAGUAUCCAUGGUGGUCGCACGUGCUUGGCUGGAUAACGGCUUUAUCCUCGAUGCUUUGCAUACCUGGUUAUAUGAUUUACGCUUGGAUGACAACACCGGGUGACAGGUCCACGAAAUACAAGUUGUUAGUGCGGAUAGAAGACGACGUGACAAGUCUACGAAUGAAAAUGGGUCAGCCGUCAGUCGAACUGACACCACUUUAACUGCCACGGAUUCACUUUAAUCCCAGAAGGGAUUUUAUUGUUUCAACACUUGAUACUUUCUAAUUGUCAUUAAUUUAAACGAUCCAACGACAAUGUGUUUGACGUCACUAUCUCGGAGUAAUUUUCUUUAUAAAAAUUACUUCCUCCCGUUCGUUCGAAAAGAAAAGGACUUCUGUUGUGUUCCUGUUUAUCAAAGAAAUUCGUAUAUUAUUUAAAUGAACUCCUUUUUUUUUUUUUUAAAUCGUCUAGAUGAUAAUUUGUUAGAUUCUUAUUGGAAGGAGGUUCGCAUAAAAUACGAGGCAACUAAAGUGUUCAGAAUUGUAUCUAGUUUCUAGCGUUAAGUACGUUUUAGCAUAAUUUAAAGUACACGAAAUUUCUUAGCACACGAAUAGUUCGUAAAAAGUGCAUUUAGGAUGCUGUUUUGUAAUUCUUGAAAUCGAAGAUUCGAAGAUUAGAGAAAUUUCCAAGUACUUUAUAAGUGUUCGAAAUUCUGAAACUAUUUGUUGUGUUAGCCUGGUUACAGAUUUAGCUGCUAACUUAUCUAUUUUAACAAUAUCGGACGUGUACCAUAAACAAAAGUUAUUGCACAUUUUGAAUUUAAUUACAAAGUACACAUAUCUACGCUGCCAUAAUUACUAUAUAUUUUGCUGCUCAAUUGACCGUUUGUUUAAAAGAUAUGUCAAUUUCCCCGUGUUUCUGCAGAAAAUGUAUGUGCAAAUUCUAUUCUUAAUAAAAAUUGUAGAUUUGCGUAGAAGAAAUAUGGUAGUAGAUAUCCAUUAUGAAUAGAGAAACAGUAAUUAUUAAUAUAUACUCAAUUAAGCCGAGAGUUAUUUAAAAAUUGUUUUUACAAAAUCCAUAGUAUAUUUAGUUGAAAAUUAUUAUAACUAGUUAUUUUAAUAAUAUCUAUUGUAUCUAUUGUUAUAUACGUUCUACAUAUUUUCCUUUUAGCAAAUACAACAUGCAAAAUAAGAAUUUCAUUCAUAUGAGGAGAGACAAAUUAAGGGAAAAAUCUGUAUGGUAACAUUUUUGGUAAAUAAAGUUAAGUAUUAAAAA